AAUUUAUGAAUGUUCCCUUACUGAACCUUACGUACCCUCGGUGCUGUAACCAUCUCACACAUUUAUGCGCAACAUGAUUCAUUCACUCAACAUUCGCAGUCAACGAAGGAUCUUUAAAGGACAAGUAAAAUACGAAGUACUUAUUUUACAGAAAUUGCUUUCCAGAAAUUUAAAUUAAAUAAGUUCAUACGUAUGUAAGGAUUUUGAUCAGCUUGCAAGCACUCAUAAGGAAAUUUUAGAAAACAAAAAUGGGGUCCCCUGUAGACAACCGAAACGUUCAGGAGAUUGCGCUAAAUAACCCGAUUAUUUUGACACAAAUUUUAAAACAAAGUUCAACCCUGUUAAAAACUGCGCGACUCGUGUGUCCAUUUUGGAAUGACGUCGUCCUCUCCGUUCCAAACACCGAGCUGAUCUUCAACCUUCGUCACCCCGACAAACUUAUUGAAUCCGAUGCCGUCCCGUUUUUUGAAAUUUGUUCCACUUUAGAUGAGCGAGUCGCGAAACGAAUCAGCGCCGCAUUCCCAGAAUCCCCAUUCGCGGCCAUCUUUUCCGCGAAAGUGAUGCACUCGUGUGACAAGUUUAGCGGGAUAAUACAAAUUUUGGAAGUUUUCAUCCAGCACGAAACCUGUUUUGCAUCGGUGUACCACGUGUUGCGAAGGUCGUGCCAGAAUUUAAGACAGCUCAAGGUUUCGUGCACAUUUGCGAAACAGAAUCUCAUGCCAAUCGAGGAGCAGAAAGGUAUGCUCAAAGUAAGACCAAACUUGACAAAGUUCUCGCUGAGUUCUAACCUCGUGACCGCAUUUCUUGCGAAAUUUAUCGAGGCGGUGAUUAACACUGCGCCGAAUUUGAGGGACCUCACUCUUCCCUGGGGAUACUAUCCAAAUUUCUCAAAUUCUUCAAAAUCUCUCCAAUCACUAACAAUUGCGCAAGAUUCGAUUAAACCGAUCGACAUGGUGUCUGCCCUCGUCGCUCUUCCGAACAUAGCGCGAAUAUUGGACAAAGUAAGCGAGAGCCUUGUUACCUUAAGUUUCCGAAAUGUCGAAAACUCCGAAAUAAUGAUCCGGGAUGGGAUGGAGGGGAUCUACAAUUUUGAAAGAUUCCUUCCAACCGGAUUCCUCCUUGCGGGAGGGAAGAUGAUGAAAAAACUGAAAAACUUAAGGAUCGAAAUGGUCGACAUUUUUCGGAGUGUCGAUCUCCUCCGAAAUAUCGGAGAGAUGCUACCCGCCCUGGAAACCGUGGCGAUUGGAAGGGUUUACAAAAGGUCGAAAUGUGCGGAGGAGAUUUUACGAAAUAUUUGCAAUCAGGGAAAAACCUUGAUAAGUGUGAAGCAUUUGGAGCUUAUCGAAGUGCACGAUCCCACACUUUUGGACGGAUUGAAGACAGUGUUUCCGAACUUGGAGAGGUUAAAAGUAAGUGGACACGCAUUGGAAAGGGGGCGAGAGUGGGAUGAAGUUGGGCGUGGUUCUGCAGGCAUGUGUGGGUUAGGAAACUUUGAAACAUUUGAAUUUGGCGGUGCCCACGUAUCCGGAAGAAAUUUUGGAAAUUUUACAAAUUCUUUGGCAUAGUAAGGAAUUAUUUAAGGGUGAGGCAAAAGUAACAAUGGGUGCCCGCAAAAAAAAAGCGUCACCAUGAUUACGGCGAAGCCUAAGGCUUAAAACAUUGAAAAUUAUGACGUACGGUUUCAAUUACGUGACCAUUGAUUUGACCAACAAUGAGAUGGAUUUGUUUCAACGAGUUCUCAUUGCGAUGAGUGAAAUGAAUCGGGUUGUACUUUCGAAUCUAAACUUAAGCAAGGACUCAGAGGAGCGUAUAUACGAUUUCAUGGAGUCAAACGGAAUAUGCGUGGGGAAGAUUUCGAUUCCACAGAGCGAAUGGAUGUCCCUCUUAAUAUGAUAUUUAAUCCUGAGCAGCAGGCAAGUACUUAAGUGGAUGAGAUUCAUCGAAAUUCAUCGAAAUCUCAUUUCAUCCCAUUCAUCGAAAUCCGACCUGGACGAAAACCAUAGUACCUUUAGUAUGAUUUAUCUUCAGUGCUAAAGUCUCUUAUAAACAUUUGAAUCAAUGUCCAAAACAUUUUUUUAAAUGGGCAUAAACAAAGGAAUCGCUUUGCGUUGUUUAAAUUUUUCUUGGUGUUGGUUUAAUCUGUCUAAUUUAUAUAAUCUAUUGAUUUAAUGUUAUCAUUGAAGCACAUGCACGAUUUUAUUACUUUGCAUUAUCAAUUGCGCUAAGUUAUCCCGAUUGCCAGAAUUCUAAACUAUUUACCAAUAUGUGCAUAUGUAAAUAUUUCAUGAGUAUAACUUCGAGUGGUGGAUUCAGACGAAUAUAUACUCUAGCAAACAUCCAAUAAAUAUUAUUUUAUUAAUUACGAAGAAGUGAGCAUUGCUAACUUUUGAGAUAUUUCUUUAAUUAGGCAAAUGGUUAUCUGAGAUAAGCAAGUUAUUUGUUAUAUAUUCGAGUAGCGAACAAUGGAGUCCUGUUCCAUACCCUCUUGUUCAUAGGGUUAGGAGCAUGCCUCUUGAUGAACCAUCGGUACGACUCUGGCUUAAUCGGA